AUGUGCGAUUUGGAAUGUUGGAACAAAAUAUGGAUUGAUGAAGAUCUUACUGCUAAGAAACUGUUUGAUCUCAAGCGAAGUAGUGAUGGUGGCGAUCAUAAUUGGGUCAUCAGGUAUUUCAAUGGAUCUCCUCGGGUCGUGAAAAAGAAAAUUUCCAACGGGUCAUCAAAAAAACGAGUGACCUGCCGUGGCUGUA